AUGGCAGCGCCCAACCAGAGGGGUGGCAGCGGCCGAAAGAAGACCGUCAUUCGCCGGAUCGAGCAGGACGAUGCCCCGCACGUCCAGUUCUCCAACGGCCGCAUGGGGUUCUUCAGCAAGGCCAGCAAUCUAGCAGUCCUGACCGGCGCCCAGGUGGCCGCGCUCACCUCCUCGCCCGGUGGCAACGCCUUCUCCUUCGACCACCCGUCCGUCGACCCCGUCGUGGAACGCUUUCUGGUGGGGGAGAGUGCGGGGGCUGGCGCGAGCGAGGAGGUUUCUGCCGGCGAAGAUCAGAAGCUGGAGAAGCUGCACCAGGAGUUCAACGAGCUGCGCAAAGAACUGGUCGAGGUGAAGAAGCGGACUGAGCGCGAGGAGGUCACAGCGAAGUUGCAUGACGCGGGGGAGCCGAUAGCGGCCUGGGUCGACCCGAAUGUGCGUGACAUGGGGGACGAGGACAUGGCGGCCUUCUUUGUCGCGCUGAUGCAAGUGAAGGACAUCGCCUCCGAACGCGCCAACCAGGUUCCCUUGCACGUCGAUGAGGAGGGCGCUGUCGGCGAAAAUAAAAAGCUGGAGAAGCUGCACCAGGAGUUCGACGAGCUGCGCACCGAGCUGGUCGAGGUGAAGAAGCGAACGGAGCGCAAGCAGAAGGUCAUGGCGAAGGAGCGCGACGCGGGGGACUAA